CAGUCAGGAGCUGCUGGAGGAGGCCGAGCCCAUCCCGGGGUCGCUCCUGGCGGGCGCCCCUUGAGCAGAGCUGGUUUCCUUGCAGGCCAUGGCACAGCCAGUGACGCCGGAGGGGCCCCGAGUCUCCCACAUGUACAAGGUGGUGCUGCUGGGCAGCAUGUCCGUGGGCAAGUCCAGCCUGGCCUACAGAUACGUGAGGAACGACUUCAGGGAGCUGCUGCCCACCGUGGGAUGCUCCUUCUUCACACAGAUCCUGGAGCUGGACGAGGCCACUGUCAAGUUUGAGAUCUGGGACACGGCGGGCCAGGAGAAGUACCACAGUGUCUGUCACCUCUACUACAGGGAUGCCCACGCUGCCCUCAUCGUUUAUGACAUUGCCAACAAGGAAACGUUCAGCAGAGCAAAGCUGUGGCUGGAGGAGCUGGAGAAGAAAUUCCUGCCUGACGAAAUCGUGGUUGCUCUGGUGGGCAACAAGACAGACCUUGCUGCUGAGAGAGAGGUCACCACUGAGGAGGGGGAAGACUUUGCACGGACAAAAGGCCUCCUGUUCAUGGAGACAUCUGCAAAAUCCAACCACCAGGUGAACGAUGUCUUCAUGGCUGUAGUCCAAGAGCUCCUGAGGAGGGAGAAAGAGAAGGCACCCAGGCCAUCCCCACGUGGGAGCCCCACCGUGGACCUGAGGACGAGCGGCACGGGGACGAGGUGCUGCAGGAGCUGAGGAUGUGACACUGCACCCAGCCCACCUCCACAGGGGCACAGACAGAGCUCAGAGCUCUGGGACAGCUCGCAGGGGGGCUCAGAGCUGCAGGGACAGCUCAGCCUGGCCACCCUCCCUCUGAAAUCCCACCCAGAGCUCACCCUGGCCUGGUACAAGGGGCCUCUUCAACCCUUUAGCUCCAUCCUUAGCCGGGACAUAAAGCACAGGGGUUUCCUCCACCAAUUUGCAGGUUAAAGCACAAUCUGCCAGGAGCACUGCCACCAACCCUGAGUGGUGACAUCCCCCCACCCCUGGCUGUCACCUCCUCC